AAGGGGGGGCCCGCGGCCGCCUUAUAUCCCACAGGGCAGCAGCUGUGGGAAAUCAGUGCCGGCCGACUCGCUGGGAGCCCCGGGUGCUGCAGAGCCUGUGGUGUUCCCCGGGCACGGCAUCAGCCUCUGCCUCUUCCCGCUGCUCCCGGCACCAUGAGGACAGCGCUGCUGCUUGCCUGCCUGCUGGCCAUGGCCUCCGCCUUCUCGGUGAAGAGUUGGCUGCGGCGAGUGGGGGCAGACGACUCGGAGGAAAACGCGGUGUUCAAGAACCGGCGCCGGUACUACCUGUACCGCUACGCCUACCUGCCGCAACAACGCUACCAGGGCAGCGACUCCUCGGAGGAAGAGGGGGAUGGCUCGGAGGAAGAGGAGGAGGGGGAAGGUGGGGUACCAUCCCACCCAGGAACCCAGGUGGCAGGCGAGGGGGUGGCCCCUGGGGACGGCGGGCUGGGGGGGGACGCCGCAUACCCCCAAAAAGGCUGUAAGGGGGCCCUGAAGGGCAAGGGUGGGGAUGAAGACAGCGAUGAGGAGGAAGAGGAGGAGGAGGAGGAGGAAGAGGUAGAGGAGCAGGAGAGCAGCGUCAAUGGGACGAGCACCAACACCACGGCAGGGACGGAGGGGCCCCAUGGCAAUGGCACUGCGGCAGCCGAGGAGGAGGAGGAGGAGGAGGAGGAAGAUGAGGAGGAGGAAGAGGAAGAGGAGGAAGAGGAAGAACCUGAAGCAACCACUGUGGCUGCCACCACCGGGCUGGUCGAGGCGACCACGGCGGGCGACGGGGAGCACACCGAGGCCACCACGGCCGGGGAGCAGUGGGAGUACGUGGUGACGGCCGGGGGCCGCGGGGACGAGGGCCCCACCGAGGGCAGCUACGGGGAUCACGAGGGUUACGCACGUGGGGACAGCUACCGGGCGUAUGAGGAUGAGUACGGCUACUACAAGGGGCACGGCUACGACAUCUACGGCCAGGAUUACUACUAUAGCCAGUGAGCGCAGGAGCGCUCGGGAUCGCGCAGCAGCCGCCUCCCAUUUUCUGUGUAUCUCGCCAACCCAAAUGCAAUAAAGCAACUGAACGGA